AUGAUCUGUGUCUACAGAGUAAAGAGAGGCAUGUUACAAAGUCAACAUUCAAAUAUCAUUAAAUGGUGUUCCAUAAAACCUCACCGUAGUGAAAGGAGCUUUACCAAACAAUGUAAAGUACGACAGUGUUCUCAAUGUCUGGAGGACACAGAAUUCUACUGUAACACAUGUAAACAUGAUCUGUGUAUACAGUGUAAAGAGAGACAUGUUACAGACUCACCAACCAAAUAUCAUAAAGUGGUUUUCUAUAAGGCCCACCGCAAUGAGAAGAGCUUAACCAAACAAUAUACCAUAUACCAUGAUGUUGUGAUUUACCGUGAGAAAUAUAAAUACACCACGAAAGAAGAGUCUUGUGUGAGACAUCCAGACAGAAACUAUGAAAUGUUCUGUCUCUCAUGUGAACUUCCGGUAUGUUUCCAAUGUAAAGAACACAUAAAACACCCACUACUAGACAGCAAAAUAGCAUAUGAAACAAGCCGUCAACAACACAGAGAAGUCAUUCACAACAUAAGGAGUGAGGCUCUCUAUAACAGCUGUUUUCUCCUGGUAGGAAUCAAAACUGAUGUAAAAGCCUGCCCCAAAGAAGUCUCCAACCAUCAAUCAGAGAUGUCAACAAAAGCCACGAGACUAAAGAGACUCAUUGACACUGUGAUAUGUGAUGUUAAAACCAGACAUACAACUUAUAUAAAAGAUAUGCAUAGAUUUGAACUACAGAAGAGUAAAAUGAACAGACACUUUGCCAUAAUAGAGAAAUUUGAAAACAGAUUUGAACAGUCAGCAAACAGAUCAGUUAAAUUCCUCUUAUUUCUGAAGAAAACCCGCUUCCCCGAGAGAAGGCCCACUCCUAGUAUGACAAAACCCGCCUUGCUCUCCCUAUCUCAGGAAAUCAACAUACAGGAUGUGAUUAAGCUACUGAAUGAAAUUCAAAUAAAAGAGAAAGGAAGACGACAUGUCAGAUAUGAACCCAUGCUACACAAAUCUUUCACAGUGACAGAAGUUCAUGAUGUAAGACACAUUUCUUGUGUGAUGACAAACCGCUCUUGGAUCAGUAAUUGGAUGAACAUUCUCGUCUUGACAAACACAGAAGGUGAAACACUACAACAUCUGACAGUUAUUGAUAGUUAUUACAGAGGAGCACACACAGUGAAUAAUUCAUGUGAUCUUAUUUAUAUACACAAGGACAAAAGUAUCAAAAAACUAUCUAAGGAUAACACAAGGGUUACGCUGAGAAAGAAACAAAAAACAUGGAUACCGCAAUGUGUCUACUGCUCUCCCUCCAGUGGAGAUCUACUGGUUGGCAUGCAAAAUACAAUGACGGCCAUGGUAAAACGAUAUAACGAAAGAGGACAACAUAUACAGACCAUUUCACAAAACGAAACAGGUCAGAAGCUGUACAGUAGUCCUAACUACAUCACAGAGAACCGCAAUGGGGAUGUCAUUGUGUCUGACGCAAUUGCCAUUUUCAGUGGUGCUGUAGUGGUGACAGAGCAUGGAGGAAGACAUCGUUUCUCCUACACAGGACCUCCAUCAGGAUCUGAACUAGAUCCACAAGGAAUCUGUACUGACGCGCUGUCACACAUCCUGAUAUGUGAUCGUAACACGCACACAGUACAAAUGAUUGAUAAGAACGGUCACUUUCUGUCACUGAUACUUACGCAACAUGAGAUUAGCGGACCACAGGCCCUGUAUUAUGAUAGGAAUACACACCUUCUCUGGGUUGGGUCAUGGAGACACAACAUAGUGGGUGUAUACAGAUAUAUAAAUAAACAGAACUAUCUUACAGAAGCAGAAAUGGAUCCCUCUGGAUAUUGA